AUGCUCUUCCGUGUACGCGCCGCUGCGGUAGCUGUCAUGACCUUGGCAACGUUUGUUGCUGGGUUCGCGGCACCUGGGGCAUCACUGAGUGUACCAUUGCUCCCUCAUCGAAGCGUCAACGUCAGACAGCAAGCCCAGGCCCCACAUAAUGCUACGAUGCAGUAUAUAGGCUUUUCAAACAAGUUCGCCGUGAACGUAUCAGUUGGAACGCCACCCCAGUUAAUCGGUUUGACUCUGGAUACGUCAUUCGACUACACAGUUCUCUUCUGGGGUACCUUCCAAGGCAGCGACCUCCAAGGCUACGAUGACAAUCUGUUUUUCAUGCCCCAGAACUCGUCGACAUACAAGUCUCAGAGGAACGUGACGCUGCCCAAUCUGGAGGGUCUGAAUUGGACGGUCUCGACCGACGUCCUGUCGCUGGGUGGAUACACGGUGGAAUCGCAAGGAUUCGUACUCUUGGACUCAACAUUCAGCACCGACAACCAGACGUACUUGCAGGACCUCACCAUUGACUACGCUGCCCAGAUGUCGGGCUUGCUUGCACUUGGUUCCGGAAACGACACCGCUCUGGCUCCAUCUUUCAUGAAGACGGUGUCAACACAAUGGGCAGAGCCGGUGCUGGGGAUUUACUUUGGCAACUUGGAACCUUACAUCUACACAAGUAAUUGGGAUUUCACGGGGCGCCACGUGGGCGAACUCACGUUUGGCGGGACAAACAACAGCUACUACCAAGGCAACUUCUCUUGGGCACCCAGCAGUGGCAACUUCGACGUCGAACUGCAGGGUCUGGUGGUAAACGGUCACAACAUUUCCCUGCCAGCAUCGACCACACCGACCUCUGGGGGUUUCACCCCAGCUGGACCGACCAUUGCGUCCAUUAACCCUGGGGAGGACGCCUUUCGAGUUCCAGCGGCUACUGCGGCCGAGAUAUUUGCGCAAAUCCCUGGGUCUGUGCAGUAUCUCAAAGGUCCUACAUACGGCGUCCCGGAUCGUUACAAUGGACGUUACCUCGUGCCGUGCAAUUCGUCCACAGCUGUGACCAUUACCAUUGCGGGCCUUUCCCAAGUUCUCGAGGACUCUGCCACCGUGACCGCGGCCGACGGGUGGGAUACCCCCACAGGCUCCACACAGGCCCCACAGGUCACAGGCUCAACAUCGGCUUCAACGGCGGCCCCCACUGUCACAACAAAGGCCGCAGGUGAUGCGGCCCACAAGGCCGAGUCCAGUCUCACAAUGGUCGUGCUGGCUGUCUCUCUUCUGUCGUUAGUAAUGUAG